AUGGAGCAAGGAAGUUUCUUCAGCGGAGGGGGUGGAGACGCAGACUGGGAUGAUGAUGGAGAUGAGCCGCCGGAGGUGCGGACGGAGGUGCGGGUGAGGUCCAUGAAUCGUCGGCGGCGCGAGCAGACACACAACAGGUCAACGAAUCGGCAGCGACAAAGAGGCGCAAGCGUGUUAAAAAGUCCAGGAAUACAGAUUUGUACUAACGUAGAAAAUGGAACAGAACCCAGAAAAUCUUUAAGCAACGGGCACCAGCAAGCAGCAGCCAAGCGGCGACUUGUUUCCGGGUUGCGUCACGCCUCAUCCCCCCACCCCCUCCCUUGCCGGCGAGCCACCCUCCUCCUCUAUGCCCCAGCCAGCGCGCACGCCACAGCCGACGCCGUGCUAAGCUUCGGCGCGGAGGCCUCGUGUCCGUGGAUCGUGAUGGAGGCGGCGACAGGAGAGGCGAUCCCGCCGCGACACCCGGCUUCGGCGGCGGCGGAGCAGGAGCGCCCCGCCCCGCCGUAUCUCCCCAGGCUCGUCGCCGGCGUUCUCUCCGGUGUGCUCACCGGCCUCUUCGCGGUCGCUGGAGGCCUGACGGGGGCAGUCACCGGCGCGUUGGCUGGGAGAGCUUCGGACAGCGGCGUUCUCCGGGGAGCCGGACUGGGGGCAUUUGCUGGCGCUGUCCUGUCCAUUGAGGUCCUGGAGGCUUCCCGCGCCUAUUGGUGCGCCGACAGGUCAACACCGCAGAGUACAUCAUCCAUGGUCCGUACCGGGGAUUUCGUGGAUCAGCUCCUUCAUGCUCGGUUCGUGGGAGAGCAGUAUGAGCCAUCAGUGUAUAUGUCAUAUCGUUGGCAGGUUGGUAUUGCAGAGUUUGGCAAUGAUGAUCCGUAUGAUAUCACUGGAGAAGUUUCAUCCGAUGGGCUCUCACAGGAUAACUUGAAGAAGUUGCCAUACCAUGUGGUGAUUGAUCAGAAACAAGAGCCAGCUGGUGAAAACUUGUCUUGCCCUAUUUGCCUACAGGAUAUCAUGACGGGAGAGAUGGCGAGGAGGCUGCCGAAGUGUUGUCACACCUUCCAUCAGCCCUGUGUGGACAAAUGGCUCAUUGGCCAUGGCCAUGGUUCUGUCUGUUUUGCAUUGGGAAUCUGGGAUAUUUCCCCCAUUGCUACCAACAGCUACGAGAUGGUCUUGGUUGCCCUUAUGAAUGAUUCUACACAAAAAAGUAUCAAUGAUUUAGGCCUCUUUUAUCUUCUUCUUGCUGUCAUGAGAACUGGUUGUUGGAUAAUUUCGAAAUAG